AUGCCCCCCAGCAUCGAACGCGGGGGCGCCCAGACCAGCCGCAGUGUUUUGUGCAGUCGGCGGUGGACGUCGCGACGCUCGGCAGCCGAAGCGUCGACGUCGGUAUACGGGGGCGCAAUAAUAGUCUUUACGAGGCAAUGCUUCCUAUCGCCAUCUCGCUCUCGCACGUUGACGCGCGUAUUACGCUGUCUUUCUCGACAGGUGAAUCGCCUUUUAUGUGCCAAAAUUAGAUUGCUGACAAGGACUUUUACGCAGCGAGUUUUGGAGAUUUCUUGUAUAACUGAAGCGAUAUAUUACGUAUCUGUCGGGAUAUGCUUGGCGAGCGAUAUUCUGCGCUAUAUCGCGCUGUAUCUAUUCCCCUCUUGCGUCGAAAAUACCCACGAACCGCUCUUGCCAGCAGCCGGUUUGGUGCGAUGUUGCUAUUUUAUUAUUUGUUCUUGCACUUCGGUCGCAAUAGACAAAAUGCAGUAUUUUAUUAAAAGUGUAAGAAUUCAUCCAUGUUUAUGGAAGGUAGACUCGAACGAGUCUGAAAAUAAUGAGAUUAAAGAAGCAGCUUGUAGGAGUAUCAUCGCUGAUUGCGAUAUAUCCGACGCUAAUAAAUCAAAAUGCCUCAAGGUCCUAAGCCCAGUCCUCUGAUAAAACCCUUUGUGGUAUUAGCAUUACCAGGAAUGUACUUGUUUUAUAAGUACAACCAGUACAAGAGGAAGAGGAAAGAAAAUGCCACCAGAAGACUUGCUGAAAGGGAAUUGCAACAUCUAAACUACAAAAUAGUAAGCAAACUGAUCUA